AUGCCUAUUUCUUGUAUUAUUGGUAACACCCUUGUUGUAGCUGCCGUUCUUUCAAACAAAUCACUUCAAACUCCUACCAAUUAUUUGUUAUUAAGUCUUGCCUGUGCUGAUUUAAUGGUCGGCACAAUGGUUAUGCCUUUCCAUAUUUAUAUGACUGUUAAUUCACUUCAUUGGCAUUUAUCUAUAACUAUUUGUUAUAUGUAUUGUGUACUUGAUGUUCUUGCCUCAACUUCUUCGAUUAUUCAUUUAUUGUUAAUUAGUAUGGAUAGGUUAUUAAAUUUUCUUUCUAAAUGAUAAAUUGGAUAAAACCAUCUUUUGGGUUGAAAAUUUUAUAUUGUGCUGUGUCUUAUCUUUGAUAAGGGUAUCGUUUAGAUAGCACACACACUUUAGAAACCCAAAGAAUUUUUUAGAUAAUUCAUUUAUUGUUAAUUAGUAUGGAUAGGUUAUUUAAUUUUAUUUUUGAUUAUUUUUUGAUAACGAUGAUGGAUUCCAUUGUAACUAUCUUCGAAAAUAAGGAGUUCACGACAUUUUUUAGGUCGUGAUUCCCCAACUCUGAAAUAUCUAAAAACGGACUUCAUUAUAGGAACCACCAUGGGUUGAAAAUUUUUAUCCUAUAAUGGAGUGUAUCUUAAAUUGGAGUUAUAGUUUAGACAGCGCCUCAAACUAGUGACCAACCAAAUUUUUAUUUAUAAGACGUAUCCUUCUGAUUCCUAUUAAUAGUGAUACAAUGAAAUUUAAGUUCAAUCAUGAAUGACCUCCUAUAUUGCAUGUUCCUCCCAAUUAGAUUAUUUUAAAUAAUUCGCCUUUAAAGCUUCAACAUAUCCUCCAAGCAACAAGUUCAGGCUCUGGCCAAAAUUCAAGUAAUAACAGUAACAACACAAAAGAAGACCGACCAAAAAUAUUAUUUCGUUCAUCAAUCGAAACUUCAAUUGAUUGUGAUGAUCUGAGCAGUAUUAAUUCAAUAAAUAGUAGACCACCUUCUAUUUUAUUGGAUGCAAUAACUGUUCCGCCUAAUGAAACUGAGACUUAUCAAAAAACUAAAUUGAAUAUUUGUGGUUCGAAUUUUAAAAUUAUUAAAAAUAUUGUUG